AUGGAGCUAGCGGUCAUCAGCCGCCAAACGGUGACGGCGUGCGAGGAGGCUGUUGGCUCGGCCUUGAUCGGGGCCUUUAGGUUCUUCCACUUCCACUGCGAGGCCAAAAUCAGGAGCUUCGCUGGUCGCGCUGGUCGCGGCCACACCUUCAUAUCGUGCCAUUCCUUCAGCAGCGACGCCACCAAUUCAGGAGUGUGGCGGAAUGCUAAGCUGCAGGCCUUGAAGUUGCUUUCGGUUUAUAUCGGCGACCAUCGCAAUGUGGAAACGAAUGGUUUCUUUUCGAACAACGUGAGUUUCGAAGCCUAUGCAGACUUGCACAAGGUCACGUCCACGACAGCAGAAGCAACGAUGGGCCUCAUCUGGAAACAACUCGUGUCGUUGGGCUGCCCCGUCUGGAAAAAAUAUUCGUCCGUCUCGGAUGGGCCUGCUGCUGCUGCCGCGAACGUUCUGCACGGCACGCUGCAAGGUGAACAUCGGUUGGUGAGAAUACUUCUCUACACUAGCGACGGCGGCCCGGAUCAGAUGAAAUUCAAACGGAUGCUGAUCGCAGAGACGGCCCUCCAGGGCCACGUGCUGGUGAUUGGUUACCCAUGUCUGAUGCACAGGCUGCAGUUGAUUAUCAAAACAGGACUGGAGUUGAUUGAUAGGUUCCUUGGCAGGGUCGAGAAGACGUUCAAAUACUUCAGUUCCCUGUCAAAAGUUACGCAGGUCUGGAGAGACAUGGCUGGCGACAUCUAUGAUAUUUGGAAGGGCACCUUCGGGCCCAGAGCGGCACGAGAGUGCGCUGCUCGCCUACCUCCAAAGUGUUUGGCUGGCCGAUGGGAUUCAAUUUACUCGACUGAGAAGCACUUGCGCUUUUGCGCAAGCAAUGCGGGCACUGGUAUUCGGCAGCUGCCCGCCAUCAUCCGCCAGGCCGUCGAGACUAAGAAGAAGGGUAAGGAGAAGAGGGACGGCAACGUGCCAGCGUUGGACGAUGCCGCCAAUGAGACAUCGAGAGAGUAUAGUGCCCGACUUGGGCGGUGGCGAUCGGACGUGCUCCGCACGGUGAGUGAUGAGUUAUUUUGGAUCGUCGUGGACGUGGCAACCGACUCCCACGAGGCCCUCCAGCACCACAUGGCGUUCGUAUCACAAGCACGGAGCACCGAACACAUCGAGACAUAUGGCAAUGUGGUUGCUCAACUUAUCAUGGGCAAGGGUCAAGAAAUACUCGAGGAAUGCACUAAGUGCUUCCGCAACUUCCAGUGGGCAGCGGCAAUGAGUCACCUGAGCGAUCUGGGCGAGCACGUGCUUCCAGAUAUGCUGGCCUUCACCGUUGAGCUGAACGCCCACCACGCUGCCGCGUACAACAGGAGGAUCUUGAAGGAUCUGGACAGGUCCAGCGUCAGAGCAAAUCGCUCAGGCCUUGGGCUAGACGAUCUUUUCAAGCAGGGCCCUAACCUUGUCCUUUUGCUGACUCUCGAGUUGCACAUGCCCAGCCCAGGAAUGGCUUCCAGAAUCCUCGAGGCGGCGGAGGGCGAGCUGGAGAUCACCACGCGCAAGCUCCGAGCCCUGUGCCACCAUGAUCUCGUGCAGGCGCGUGACACGGGCACAUGCGGCACGCUGUUGUACAGCAUUACCAUGUGCAUGAGGUGCUACUCCAAGGCGGACGUCAGGGACAACGAGCAGUACAACAGCUUGAUCAGACAGAUGAAUAUGCGAUGCAGAAAUAUCGGCUUGCCUUUGAUGAGUUCGCGCAUCAACGUGAAGAAGUGGCUCGGGGUGGGGACCAGAGGCGCGAGCAUGAGGUGGUCGAGUAUCAAACCGCGGGCGGAGGCGCUGCUGAGACAACUCUUGCCAUUUGCAGAACAGGCUCAGGGCAUCGCCAUCGAGGAUGCGCGCUUCGAGGCGGCCAAGCCGAUCGAGACGGACGUGAAUGUCAGUGCUACAUUGAAGGUUGCUUGCCCUGUCGACACAUCGCCUGCAGCCCUGUGGGCAAAAUCAUACAGCGUGAAGCUGUUCCGUUGCUCUUCUGGGAGGCCAGACGCGAACCAGUUGAUCGUCGUUGGGAUGUGCAAUCUGGGGAACAUCGACGAAGACAACCCCGACGACUUCGACCUGUUAACGUAUAACGAUCAUUCUGUCGGCUACAUGAUGGCUGACACCAACUACACGACUUCCGAACUGCUGAAGAUCAAUCUAUCACCUUCGAACAUCCCAGAUUAUUUCAUUGGUAAGAUCAGCGAUCCGUGCGAGUUCAGCUAA